ACUAAACGUACAGAAGUUUGUUUUGUGUGUGUACGGAUGUGUGUGUUUGUUGGAAGAGAGUUUGUCAAGAUGUUGAGUUUUGCUUGGAUCGUUAUAGUUGUAUGUCUUUUAACAAUUGACUGUGAUCAUUGUACUUACGUAAAUUGUGCCGAGGUUUUGGAAUCGAGCGUUAAAUCGUCUACAUUUAGUCACGAUAGUAAUGUCAAAGUUUCCAAAAGAAUGUCAACUUCAUCAAGCGUAUCCAGUGAAAAUGUCAAUGAUGAAGAAGAGAAGUGGGAUUGCGAAGCCAUAAAUGCCUGUUCUGAUAAAAUGGGUUAUAAUGCCAUUGUCACGCUUCAUCAACAAUUGGAUGAUGAUGCUAAUGGAAAUAUAGACAUUGCCGAAAGUGACGAAUUUUUAAGAGACGAACUUCAAUAUGAAAAUGGAUACGAUAGACAAAAAGGCUUUCAUCGUAAUGAUAAAUAUAUUAGUGUUGAUGAAUUGUGGCAGUUUUGGAUUACAUCAGAAGUUCAUAAUUGGACAAUGGAGGAGACAAUUGAGUGGUUGGUGUCAUCAGUUGAACUGCCACAAUAUGUAAAAAAUUUUCAAGAAAAUGCUGUUACUGGCACAACUUUACCAACAAUGGCUGUAAAUAUGCAUUUUUUAAAUUCUGUUUUGGGUAUUAAAGAUUCCAUUCACAAACAUAAAAUUGCUUUGAAAGCAAUGGAUGUUGUUUUAUUUGGACCACCAAGACAUCACAAUUAUGUGAAAGAUGUUCUUCUUGUAUUUUCUUUGGUAAUUGCUAUUGGAGGAUGCUGGUUUGCUUAUGUGCAGCAUAAAUAUGCUCAAACGCACAUGCGUAAAAUGAUGACGGAUAUGGAGAGUUUACAAAGGGCUGAAGAAACACUUUUAGAAGUUCAAAAAGAAUUGGACAAAGCUAAAAUGGAACAUGAAAGUGUUAUGCAGGAGAAAAAGAAUUUAGAACAAAGGUUACAUGAAGAAAUUAGUAUUGAAGAGACAGAUAAUCUUGAUACCGGGCAAUCUAGAUUACAACAGUUAGAACAACAAUUACAAAAUGUACGAGAAGAAUUGAAAGUAGCAAAAAAAGCUUUGGAAUCUAGGUCUUGGGUACCACCUCCAGCACUACAACACUGGUUACAAAUGACACACGAAUUAGAACUGCGGCAUUAUAAUGCUAAAAGAUCUGCAGCAGAACAACAAUUAGCAGCAGCCAAGGAAGGAUGUGAAAAACUUCGUAAAAGAAGAUCUAGUUUUCUUGGAUCUUUUCGUAUUGCUCACGGUGGAUCAAUAGAUGAUGUGGACAAUAGAAUUCUCCAAGCAAAAGCUGCUUUAUCGGAAGUGACUAAAGAUCUUCAAGAAAGAUUACACAGAUGGAAACAGAUAGAGUUGCUUUGUGGAUUUCCUAUUGUUGUUAAUCCUGGUUUAAUACACCUUGAGUCAUUAUUGCAAAGAAAUGGAACUUCUGGAAUUUCAGUUUAUCCAGCAGUGAAGCAUAGCACUUCAAAUGAAGGAAGUGAAAAUGAUGAUGAUGUUUCUCCACCCUUUGGUCUUAGAACAAGUGCAGUGCAGCAACUAGUCCACAAUUCCGCGACACUUUUUCUUGCACCCGCCCCUUCAAGUUACCUAAGUCAAUAUAAUGACUCUUUGUUACUUAACCCAUCCCUUCGGAGAUUAACACAACAUGAUAAUAGAGUCUCUAUGGUGGCAAGUAAACAUGUGUCUUCCUAUGUCAGCUGUGAUCUUCCUUUAAAUAAUGGUUCCAUAACCAGCAUUCCUUCAGUUCCCUACAGACGAUCUGGAUUUUGUUUAGACAUUCAUAAUGAUGUUGUACCUGGUGCUACUGAUGUAGCUUGCAUUCUCAAAGCACCAGAUUUGAAACAUUGUUCUUCGUCAAGUGCAAUUUUGCAGAUGAAUGCUAACUUUCUGAAUAGUGAUCAAUUUAUUAACGUUGGUCAAAUGGAGGAAAAAGUCAAUGAGGAAUAUGCUACCGAAGACACUACUGUUUCUAUGUCUCUCUCACCCGAACUCACAUUAGAAAACAUUCGUCCAAAUUUUACUCUAGGAGACAGUCCACAAGAAGCAUUACCACCUGGAAAUCAAAUAUUUGGUAAAAAGAUUGUUAAAAGUCAUAGUCAAGACAACCACUUUACUCCUCCAAGAGAAAUAGGAAAGAAAUCUCUUUCAGAAUCUUGUUUGAAUCCAGAAAAGGACAGUUCUGCAUCGACAAUCACUGACGGAAGUACAAAAGUAGCAGGUCGACGGAAAAAAUCCAGCAAUCUCUCGUCCGUAUUUCGUAGUUCGAUACUGGACGAAGAAGGCACCACGGAUUCCAGUCCCACUAAUUCCAUACCCGAGGAAGGACAGAAGGAUAAAAAGAAAAAGUUCCUGCCACAUUUGAAAAAGAAAAAAUCAAAAGUCUCGUGAAA